CAACCUAGGCGGAUCCAACGGGAGCCUGCAUUUUUUAUAUUCUUUUUUUUUUUUUUGUUUUGUUUUUUUUGGUUAGUGGUGACGUGACAGGUCGACGACAGCAACACCCAACAUGGCCGUCCUGGCCGUCCUCAUUCUCGCCCUUGGCUUCUUCUGUCGCCUUAGCGUACAGCAAAUAGACACAACGUACACGCAGGGCAAGAACGGCGUCUUUUGGAUAUAUCCGACCGAGAGCCAGACCUUUAACACCCUCGAUGUCGUCAACGUGUCGUGGCGAGCACCGUUCAAGAAUCCCAAGCUCUUUACGUUUUGCAUAGAAAAAGAGGUCGUUUCACAACAGAAGGCGACGAAUGCAAACGACCCCGGCGACGGCUGGCUCCUGGUGAAGCUCGACUUUACUGCGCCCGAGGCCUGCUGGUUCAACCUGCGACCGGGCGACGAUGCCGACGGCGGCGCCAACAGCCCGCGCUUUGGCAUCAGGGACAACCCGAGGCCGCAGCUGACCACGAUCGGAAUCACACCUACUCCCGAGCCGACCAGCAGCGUUCCGUCCACCACUCCUGCGUCGACCCUCUCGACGGUGACGACGACGAGCGCGGCACCCGACUCCACCACGACGAACGCCACCCCCGCAGGAGGCACUUCCCAAGACGCCUCUGGGAACGCAACCAACAACAACGGCGGCGGCAGCUCGGACGGCCUGUCGGUGGGCGCCAAGGCGGGCAUCGGCAUCGGCGCGGCCAUCGGCGCCAUCGCGCUGCUCGUCGCGGUCUUCUUCCUGGGCCGGCGGUCAUCACGACGCGAUUCCGAUGCGGCCGCAAGCCCGUCCACGCAGCCGAGCGAACUCCACAACAACACCCCGUCGGUGGCUCAGGCGCAACCGGCGGCGGGUUACGGGGACGGCUGGACGCCGACCUACGAGGCCGAGUCCAAGACGCCAGUGACCUCUGCCGGGUACUACAACCCCCAGUUGUCGGCGGGGAAUACGUACCAAGGCUCGCCCACGACGGCGACGUCGGAGCUCGGGACAAUCCACAAUGCGGCGGAGCUGGCGGGUCAUGAUCGGGCGGUCGAGUUGUCGCAGAACACGUCGCCGAAUCGGGAUGUUGAGAACCAAAAAUUUAUUCCUUGAUAUGAUUUGAGACAAGAUUUUUUUACCUUUCUUUUUAGCCCUUUAUGUAUACGAAGUCUUGAAUAUUUUCUGUCUGUAUAAUAUUUUCAUAUCUUCAUAUUUCGGCCUCGAUCGUGAUCGUAGUGACUGGCUUGGGUUUUAACUAGAUUAGAACUAGCUUGCGUGAAUACCCUGGCUAGCUUGCACGGGAGGCUGCGUGGCAAGCAAGGAAGACCCAGGCUGUUGUUCGUUGUGGGCCCCCUUGGACAACGCUACUGUGCAGGGGGAAAUCCAGGGAUUGUUCGAGAUUUGUGCCUGGUAGCCGGACACCAACUUCUACCUGUAACGGUCUGUAUGAACAAUCUUUCACAUCCGACAACAGAUUCGAAGAUUUAACACAAAGCAAUUUUAUUUAAAGCUUGUUCAAGCUUCUCUGUAUAAUUCGGGCGGAAA